AAAGUUGUUUACAUUUCUUUGCCAUCUUUUUAGGCUCGUUAUUUUGGAUUUGUUUCUCUCAAAAGCAAACGUUUAAUUUCUAAUUAUUACUGUAUUAUUAAUAUUCCAACAAUGAGUGAUAGUGAUUCCGACUCCGAGGGUAGUUCCACCAAUCUGAACUUGGCUAGUUCAAGUUUCAAACCGCUACGGGUGCUGUACUCCCGAAAGGCACAAACACCGGUGCCGGAAGCGAAAGUCCACGACAAUGUUCAGCAGUUCGAGUCGCAGUUCAAGUUGCUCGGUGGUUUCGGUGAAGUGUACAGUGAGGAACGCGUUAAAGAUAUCCGAGCGGCAAGCUCGACUAGGAAGGCAAUCCCGGUACUGGCCAAGGGCGAGCAACCGUUGAGGCGAUUCCUACCGCAUCAAGGUUUGGUGGAUAAACCACGACGUGCGCGCUUCCAAAAGAAUAUAUUCACAAGAUUGGGGAAUAUGGACGGUCCCCUUAGUAAGAUGCUCACCUGGAUGCGAGAGCGGGUACGGGUAAAGGUGUACACACGAAAGGAGAAAGGAAUCCGUGGCUACGCUACCGGAUACGUAGAGAUAUUCGACAAGCACUGGAAUCUGGCGUUGACGGAUGUUUUUGAGUCCUGGAAGCGGCGAAAGUAUAGCUACUCGCAGAAUAAUGUUUGUGCCCUUGGAGAGCCGCAAGACUGCAGUGAUAUGCUACGAAAGAUGGGUAUUAGCGUGCCAGAGAUUAGCGUGAAAUCUGUCGACAGAAAAUAUGUGAUAUGCACCCGAAAGGUUCCUAAACUGUUGGUUCGCGGAGAACAGGUGGUUCUGGUGACACCGGAUAAAGUGGUUGAUGCGGAUGGCGGAGAGUCUUCCAAAAGUUAGUUGAAAAUAAAUUUAAAAAGACA